AUGCGUUCCUUCCAAAACAUGUUGGCCGUCCUCUUCGCCUUCCUUGUCUGCGCCUUGGCAUCCUCCACCCCAACCUCGGAAGAGCAGUACGAGGCCACUGUCUACGUCACCUCGACUGUCUACCGUGUCAACACCGUCACUCUCUCCGGUACUCCUCCUGCCAGCAUUGCCAAUCAGACCUCUACCAUUGUGGCUCCAGAGCCCACUGCCGUCUAUCCCACGUACAGUGCUGGUAACAACUCUGCGGUCGCACCUACUGGCUCCAACGUUGUGCCCAGCCCACCCCAGUUCACUGGCGCUGCUUCCUCCCUGAGCGCCAAUGCCAUGCUUGCAGCUUUCGCUGCUGGCCUCGGCUAUCUCGUCCUGUGA